CUUAAAGGUGGAAUCUUCUUUAUACGUGUUUGCAUUCUCUUUGGAAAAGUUUGAGCGGCGUAUAAAAUUCAGAGUGUUUGUUUUAUCUUUAUCUGUCCCUCAGAGCACUUUCCUAACAGCGCUAUGAAAUGAACAUGCUCUUUAAAGAACGUCUUGCAUGGUCCCGAUAUUGCUUUUGAUUCACCAGCUCUGGCGUUUAUCUUAGUUCGCCAGCUCUUUUUCGAAGGGUCUGCAUUAAAGACUGCAUUGAUAUUGCUCGAAGGGGGGAAUGACUUUAGUGCUAGAAACUGGAGAAAAACAAAAAGGUGAAAAAGAUGUUGAGUUAAAAAUGAUGGACUUUUAGUGAGGCUUCAAAAGAACAGGAGCAAUGUUCACAGGGGACGGAGUUGUCAGUGGUCAUUUCUUGACCAGUGGCGCCUUCAAGCCUCACCCUGGACUGGAAGUAAACCCGACCAUUCAAAUGGAAAACGGGCAAACCUUUGGGGCAUAUCCUCCGUACCAGGCUCAGAUUUACACCAAUGCCAGCUUGCCCAAAGUGGCCGACGACGUUUCAAGUACCUUUAAGGCGCCGACACCCUUAACAGCCCCGCCGCCGCCUGCUCUCAAACUGGGGCAGGAAGGCUUCAAGAAAGUCUGCAGGACUGAGGAGAACAGUCCAUGUCCCUUCCCUGGACUGGCCUCUGGGGUACUGGAGAUGCGGGUGAAAGAAGGGAGUAAAAUCCGCAACUUGAUGGGCUUUGCCAUGGCGCGGAUACAAGGCGGUGACGCGAGCGGCGGCAGUCUGAGGCAAGUGGUCUUCACCGGAUCGGGGCGCGCCGUCACUAAGACUAUCACCUGCGCUGAGAUCAUGAAGCGAAAAGUGGGCUCCCUGCACCAGCUGACCAAGUUGCAAUACAAGGUGGUGAAAGAGGUGUGGGAGAACACCGACGGGGGGACAUCGGAGAUGACCGUCCACAGGACCGUGCCCUCUAUCAGUAUCCUCCUCUCCAAAGACCCUCUGGACCCCCGGGAGCCAGGCUACCAACCCCCAGAGGCCAUGGGUGCACUGUGGGAGGAGAGGGACGGCGGCACGCAGUCAGCAUUUAAGAGACCUCUCGCACCUUCGCCGCUCUGCAGUUUCCCGCUGUGUAAGCGGGUAUGUUCAGGAGAGGGGAUCUCCGUCCACCCCCCGCACUGACUGGAUGUCAAACAGUGCAGGGGUGGUGGGAGGGGGAUUGGAUCCCGAGAGUUCAUUUGGAGCUGCCCUCCGCUCAAGCACAACGCUGAGACAAUCACAACAGUCACUCAGACAGAACAGCGCUUUCUCACAAGACUUAGGUACCAACUGCAGCCUCGGGAGGUCAGUCAGUCCGGACGGGACGUUUUAAAGCUUCUGUACUUACUUAGGGGCCACAAUUAUGAUCAUAUAAAUCCCUGAACAGAAUAAGUUUACCUUUAAAGAUAGAGAAACACAAGCAAAGUAACUGUUUUGCGGCCAUAGAUACACGCUUUUUAGUCGAGCCGACACCACAAAGACAAACAGCCUAAAAGCCAUUGAUGAUGAGACAAUUUGUAUUUGUCUGAAUAUUAAAUGUUUUAUUUUUUCCCCUCCCAAAUGGAAAAGGCUCUGCUGUAUUUUAUCUAUUCCCCUGCAUGAGUGAUUUUGCAAUUGUUGUUGUGCAAAGUGCCAAUGCUGCCAUGGGGAUAUAGAGACAGAUUCUGAUACAUCACACUGAACCGAAUGUAAGUCUGGAAAAAGACAGGUUGUCUUAAAAAUGUACACAAAGAGGUGGUACUGUACAAGGGCUGCAGCUAUUGAUUAGUUUAUUUGAUUAAUUAAGUAAUGGGAGAAAACACACAUUAUAGCCUUGAUGCGUACUUUGGGGAAAAAUAGUUGAAAUAAAAAAUGUUCUGCUUGCCAUAAACUUCAUUUUUUU